GAACGAAAAUUUUGACAUUUUGUGUUGGCGUCUUUUUUUGGUUUUUGCGCGUGAAAAUGCAAUUUUCCUGUAUUUAUUGUUAGUUAAUGAUGAAAAAUUUGUAGUUAUAGUGUCUUAAAGAAGUGCCUUGUUGUGUUGAUGAAGAGUUUUUUGAUGAAAAUCGAAGAGGUAUGGGUGAUACUGAACAAAAUCGCCUUCUGCGGUUGAAACAGGUGAGACAGCAGUCCAAGAAUAUAGCUCACAAUAUCCGGGAGAAGGUGACGUCUGAGAAACAGAAGCAGGAACAGCGUAUCAAGGCUCAGAGGACUAAAGAAAUGGGCGAAUGGAAAAGGAGGCAGUUGCAGCAGAAAUCAAAACAAUUCGCGGGAUCUCUGUCUCUUAUUGGAGAAGCUCAUGCAGCAGCUGAGAAGGAGAUGCUUCUACCAGCUGUUCCCAAUAAAUUCAGGAGCAGAAGCUCUUCUGGCAGGAGAAAAGAGCCAGAAGUCCCAAAAAAGAGCAUAAACAGAGCAAUUCAGACGUCUCCAAAGGAAGAGAUUGAGUUGGUAAAGUCUUCUUCUGAUAGCGAUUCCAGCACUUUGGUGGAUGAUCUUCAGACAAUCAGCUCCUCAGACAUCUCUGAUGAUAUCUCUCUUGAGAUUUCAAAGCUCAUGAAGACAAAAUCAACACAGGAUCCUCUGAAAAGGAAGCAAUCAGAUGAAGUUAUCAAUCUCCCUUCAAGCUUCACAAAAAGCUACUUUUCGGGCAUUUCCAACUUGAUCAAGAACAAAUGCGGCCCCAGAGACCUCGCAGAAGACAUUUUUACCACCAAUCCAAGCACAAAUUCCCAUCUGCACUUGUCCAGGAGCCCACCAUCGAGGGAUUUGUGCCAGAGUCUCCAAGAGGAGACAGUCAAAAAAGUGCCUGAAAAAGCGCCAGGCAGAAUUGAGAAGAAGAAAAUCACAAAGAGUCCUGGCCCAGUCAAUCGGAAAGUGCACUACUAUCACCAUGGAAAUCGCUUCCACAAACACUACAUUCCUUCACAGGGCAUUGUCAGCAAGGCUGGACCAUCGAGGAAUCAGCAGAAUGCCAUUCAAAAGGCCAGAGAAGUAGUUCAUCAGGAGAAGUGUUUAGCAAAAAUGAGGGAGGUGGAAAACCGAGAAAGAAGACGGCUGGAGAAUAUACGAUCUACUCAAGCUUUAGAAAAAGAACGUCUUCGAAGAAAUUAUGAAGAUUUGCUCUCAAAAGUUGAUGAACUCCUGGAUCAGGAGGAUUCUGAAAGAAGAGAUGCAAUUGAAGGUGAAAUCACAUCGAAAGCUGAUGAAGAUUUCGUAGCACGAAGUGCUGAUUCAUCGGAGGCUUUAGAAAUGAAAAAGACAUCGAAAAAAAUUGCUCAAAAGACUGACAAUGACAUCGACAUAGAUUUAAAUUUAAAGGAUAUUUUGGGGAAGAUUCUACAGAAACUCGAUGAAAAUAAAGUACAAAUUAUAGAGGGAAUAAUGAGUAGGAAGGACAAGGAGAACGAUGAAGUGAAAGAAGAUAAAUUUGCGAAAAUUGUAGAAAAACAGAGGGAUAUUGGAGUGCAAUCAGAAAUUGUGGAUAAAGAGGCUUCUGAUUCAGUUGGAGAUGAAAUUGAGAUACAGACGCUAGGGCAAUCGGAGAAGGUGCAAGUUGUGUCAACUGUGAAGGAUCCUGAGGAAUCCAAUUCGAAGAAAAAACCUCAGAUACAGAUUGUGAUAAAUGUCAAGGAUACACCAAAUGUUGGGAAUUUGAGUAGGAUUCCAGAAGAAAUUACCGAUUUGAACACUGAAAGGAAGAAGAAACGUUCGGUUUUCCAUAAGGAUCUUUCCGAUGCGUUGGGAAAGAAGUAUCCAAAAACUCCUGAGAAACAAGGCAAAAUCCUUAUUGACACAAUUUCGUCAAUAAAUUCAGAGAGUUCAGGUUCAACAGUUUAUCGCAGUCCUCCGGAAGCGAUUCUUAAUGACUUCGCGUUAUUUGCAAAGGGUCCUGGAGAAAAGAAAGUGAAACCUUCAGGCUCGAAGGUGACAACAGAACGAUCUGAUGAUAAGAAAUCACAAUUGAUGCGUAAGUAUAUUACUCGGUUGCUGAAGAUGCCUCGGACGGAAGUUGAUCAGUUGAGUGUGAGUUCCGGGACUCAGGUUCCAACACCCAAUUGUUCAGUUGUUAAUGUUCCAGCAAAUAUUGAACCUGAAAUUGUUGAAAACAUUCCGCAAAGAGCCGAACCUAAGUCAUCUAAGGGAAGAAAGAAGAUGGCUGCCAAAGCAAGUUCGAGAGAUCUUUCUAGGGCGGAGAAAGGGCGAGAUUUCGGGUCGUCAUUAAGGAACAAAACAAAGGAAGAGCAACAGAAAGCAACAGAACCAAUAAGCGUCAAUGUCCAGGAUCCUGAGGAUUUGAGAGAGAAAUACGCUGAAUAUGCUGAGAUUUACACGAGGAAAAUACAAAAACUGUCAAAGAUGAUCAAUGACGUUCGCAGCGAGAAGAAUCGCCUCCUAGCGGCAACUCCUAUAAUGUCCUCUGGAAGUGACAAUGGAAAUACAUCGACAAAGUACAAGGACUUCCCCAAUAUGGCGGCGCCAGGUGAAAGUGGCACGGAUAUGAGCAGUGUGUCUGAACUAAAGUCGACCAGUUUGACGAAAGACGAAGGACCAUCUGGAAAUAUUGACAAUACAAAUUUAACAACUUGCAAGACCAUUGGAAUGAGCAAAGAUAGCGGAAUUUCAAUUUCGCGUCCAGUGACGUCGACGGAGCUGAGAGACAGCCCAGAAAUUAGGUGGAUGCCAUCGAAAAAACCUGAAAAGGGUAAAGGACAACAGGAACUGGAGGCGAGUAGCAGGAAGAUUUCGAGUACUGCAGCAAGGCCAGGAAAUGCACUAAGUUCCAGUCAUGAAUUGUCUACAAUUGCCGAAUUGGAUACAUCCAGGUUACAAACCUCUGGAGUGAGUAAUCAGUCGAAGAUUGAAGAGGCUUUUAAGGACCUUAAAGAUGCCAUUGAGAGGAUAUCAAAUGAAAUUGAGUAUAAGAAGUUUCCGUCUUUUGACGAAUAUGUGCAUCGACUGGCUGAGAAUUUGCAGGAACAGUCGACUGGAGCUGAUGCGGAUAUAUUCGAACAAGAUCGAAAGUUUCUGGAAUACUUGAAAGACCUCUCAAGGGAAAUGAUUAUGAAUAGAUUCCCCACCUAUCAGGAAUUUCUGGAGAAAGAAGGUGUUCCAGCUAAGGAGGAAAGCGAAGACGCAGUAUCUGAAAAUGGUGUCUCGGAUUUUACUCUGCCAGAUGUCGUUGCUGAAUUGAUCCAACGGAACAUCAUGGAUCAUUCAUUCAGGAAUUCACCAGAGAAUAGUCAAGAUGAGAUUCAGGAAGGCAUUGAGCCUCCCAAGGAAAAUUGUAAGCCUACUUCAGUAGCUCAAAGUAGUUCCGGAAGCAGUAUCAAUUUAGAGGCAGAUUUUCGGAAAGUAGGACUAAGAUGGGCAGCUAGUAUGCUGGAGAGGACUCAUGAGCAUCAGCAAUUGUCCAGUAGUGAUAGUUCAACUCAACUCAAUGCGAUCAAUCCGAAACUACGAACUUCCGCCUUGAAUCUACCUGCUGACGAGAAUAGUUUCGUUGAUCGCAAUAUUGCCAGGAGUCCCAGGAAGAAGUCGCACAAUGCUACAGAAGUCACCGAAGAAUCUCAAAUAGGAAAACCACUGAAUCUCCUGGAAUUUCUCAAUAGAGAACUUGACAGAAAUUCCCAGAAGCAAAGUUCAUACUCAGCCGAGGAUUCGACGCUUACGAAUACACUUCUGAAAUCUCUGCUUGGUUCGGAAAUCUCCGCAAAAGAAAAUCCAAUUCAUAGGACAUCAACACCUAUUACAGGGAGUAAAAUGAUUAAAUCUACUGAUAGGAAUUUUAGAAAUUCAUCGAGUGUAACGAUAUCUUCAGAAGGUAAGCUAUCUUCAAUUGAAAGCUUAAAGGAAUAAGAAAUUGUUUAGAAAUUUUGGCUUAAAUAAUGCUCAAGAAAGUGCUCUUAAACGAACUUAAGUUUUCUUUGUAGGUUGU